CAUGAUUUCAAUAUGAGCCAAGGAGACGAAAUCUGUAACAAGACAAAAGUUGACCAAUUUGGAAGAGCCGUCACACCAAUCCUUUUUAUCAUCAUUGUUCUGUUCAGCUGUGUGGGGAACACAUUGGUCCUGUACGUCCUUGCGAAGUAUGAAAAUCUGAAAUCCCUCACCAACACAUUCUUGUUGAAUCUGGCUCUCUCUGAUCUGAUUUUCACCUUUGGCCUGCCGUUCUGGGCCUACUACUACAUGUAUGGCUGGACUCUUGGAGAUCCUGCUUGCAAAGCAAUCAACUACGUGUUCUACACGGGAUAUUACAGCAGCAUCAUCUUCCUGACCGUCUUGACUGUCCACCGCUACAUGGCCGUGGUCCACCCCAUGUCGGUGGUCAUGUCUCGGAAGAGCCUGCACUGCUACACCACCUCAAUUGUAAUCUGGAUCAUCAGUUUUUGCGCAGCCAUCCCACAAGCCAUGUUCAACUCCGUCGUGGACAGCUCUACUGAGACAACGACAGUCCUGCUUUGUGAUUUCGAGGGGGAAAUUAACUGGAAGCUUCAAACCGUAUACUUGCAAAAUUUCUUUUUUGUUGUCGCAUUUGUGAUCAUUGCUUUUUGCUACACUGUGAUCCUUACACGGCUGCUUCGACCAACAUCUCACACUCGUAAGAAGACAGUGCAGCUCAUCCUCUUCAUAGUGGUGUUUUUUUUCUUGGGAUGGGGGCCGUACAACGUGGCCAUAUUUCUGGACUCUCUGAUUGCGUGGGGAAUCUCUCCUUUUAACGAGUGCGAGGUCAGCAAAUCCGUCGACUAUUGGAUGUACAUUUCUCGCAUGGUGGCUUUCUCACACUGCUGCCUGAAUCCCGUGUUUUAUGUUUUUAUGGGGAUAAAGUUCCGAAACCACUUGAAGAAAAUGUUAUGGACUUUCCGUAAGAAGAACAGCGAGCCUCAGAAUCGACACAGCAGGCUUAUUUACUCCAACGGCGAAGAAAUAUCAAUGUAUUAGCAAUGUAUGCUUAAAAAUAUCUCAGUUUACAACUGAUUUUCAGCAACAAAAUGAAUGCAAUGUAAAGUGUCUGUACUGUAAUUGAACAAACUUUUAAAAAUGUUUCAACUAAUUAUAUUACUAAAACUGCGUGUAAAAAAGCUCUCAAAAUCGGAUGCAAU